UGGUCUUUCUCGCGUGGAGACGACAGCUUUUGCGCGCAAUCGGCGCCAGUCAGAAACGGAGGAGUAGGAGGGGAGACAAACGCUACUUGUAGAUCUAUACUUGCACAUUUUUUCCCACCGCAAAGUUGAAGGACAGCUCGAUUCUCUUGGUUGUCCAUCGCGUCACGCGUAGAUGCGCUGACACCUUUGCAGUUUGCACACCUGUGGAUGCGGCAAGCCCCCGCUUGAUGCUCGGACUCCAGUCUUUGGUACACAUAGGAUUCUUCAGUUGAUAACCAUCUCGCGGACCAUGCAGCUGAGCGUGUCCCUCCUGGUACUCCCCAUUCUGUGCGUGACCCGCUGCGAUGCGUCGUACGUGCCGUGCGAAUCCUGUGAUGAAAAGGCCCGUUCCAUGUGCCCGCCGGUGCCAGUGGGCUGCCAGGUUGUGAAGGAGCCCGGCUGCGGCUGCUGCCUGACGUGCGCGCUCGAGGACGGUCAGCCGUGCGGCGUUUACACGGGGCCGUGCACGCGCGGGCUUCGAUGCCUUCCUAAAAACGGCGAGGAGAAGCCUCUGCACGCCCUCCUACACGGCCGGGGUGUGUGCAGAAACGAGAAGUUGUACAAACUACUGCAUCCUUCCAAAGAGUCCAUGAUGCCACAAGCCAAGGUGCCCAUAUACGGACGGGACCACAUCAGCAGUCGGAAGGCCCAGGCGAUGAAGCAGGCUAAGGACCGCAAAAAGCAGCUGGCCAGGGUGGCACCCAACAGCAACUUGGACUUGCCUCUGCACAGCCUGGAGAAACUGGAGCCUGAGUUUGGGCCCUGCAGGAGACGUCUGGAUCACCUCAUUCAGAGCAUGAAGGACACAUCCCGGGUCUUGGCUCUGUCUUUGUACAUCCCCAACUGUGACAAAAAAGGGUUUUUCAAGCGCAAACAGUGCAAGCCGUCCCGCGGCCGGAGGAGGGGGAUCUGCUGGUGUGUGGAUCGCUUUGGUGCCAAGAUCCCUGGCAUAAACUACGCCGGUGGAGAUUUGCAGUGCAAAGACUUGGACAGCAGCAGCAAUAGGAAUGAGUGAAGUUGAGUCCAGCUGCCACAGGUGCUGAGUGCCGACCAGCAGUCUGAUUUGUCACCGUGUGGUCAUGAUGGACUGUUUGUCUCACUUGUUUUAAAAAGGAAGCUGCAAGGCUUGCGCAUAGAUUUUGUAACUGUGGUUCAAAACGGACUGUGUUCAUCCUCUCUAUCUGCAUAGAUUAUACACAAUAUAUAUACAGCUCUGAAAAAAAAAAAAAAAAUAUAU